AUGUCCACAGGCACGAAUGACGCACCUGCCCAGCUGCGCCGGAAGCUGGCCGAAAUCGAUGCAAACAUCGACAACAUGCGCGCUUCCUUGACCGCAGCGUAUGCGGCACGUCGCUGCAUUAUUGCGUGUCUGCGGCAGGUCACGUACGCGGGAAUUCUGUCGGUCCCAAUGGAGCUCACGGCAGAGUUCUUCGGGCACUGCGUGGAGGAGUUCACCAUUGGCGGUCGGUCUCCCAGUGACACAGGCACCUCCCCCCUCGUGCUUGCGGCGGUUUGUAGCGAAUGGCGUCGCAUCGCGGUCGGCCUUCCCCGCAUCUGGUCGCGAAUCGGUCUCCGCCAGGCGAAGUUGAGCGACAAGCAGGCAAGGCUGCUGGAGCUCUGUCUCGCACGAUCGCGGGGCCAUUCUUUGGAGGUGUCUUCAUACAGUCUGACGGCAGAGGUGCCCCUGCAGACGUAUGGAGCAAUAGGAAGAUUGGAAGCUUACACCGGAGCUUUGGCAGAUACUCUGCAGCUCGGAACAGAGAAGCUCAGCUGUCUCCAGAGCCUCACGCUUCAAGGUAUCAGCCCACUUCCCACCCAGGAACCCUUGGACACGUUCGCUGACACUCCAGCGCUUCGGCAUGUCCAUCUUGCCUCUGUUUCGCUGGCGCAAAUCGUGCUGCCAUGGGCGCAAAUCACAAGUUUUACGGUUUCCUACAUCCGUCUCCUCGCGCUGUAUGACUUUCUCCGGAAUAUGCCGCAGCUUCAAACCCUCGACGUUCACAUGCAACGACCAACACUUUCAGACCAGACUGUCCGGCCCGCCCCGUUAUCACUCGCCCUCCUGCAUACCCUUCGAAUCAACGAGCAAUAUUUCGUCUAUGACUAUUCUUGGACGCAGGAGCUUACGGUACCGGCGCUCGCCCAUCUCCAUCUAGGACGCUGGGACAGCAACGGAGACUCGGAGACCUACCUUGACGACCUCCUCAAACGAUCUAAAUGCACGUUGCUCUCUCUAGUAGUUGACUCGCUUGUCACCCACCCUGGCCUGCUGGAAUGGACCCCAGCAUUGACCCACCUGACUGUUCACAACACCAGUUUCGAAAUCGCAAAAGGUCUCCUGGAGAGCAUCAUCGACCCCGUACGCCGCGGAUCCUCCUUGCCUCGCCUGUGCUCCCUUCACAUCACACCUGAGCUUGACGAGCUUCCGCUGGUUCAUGUCGCAAACUGGUACAAUCGCUGCCGCGUGGCGGCCCGGGCAGAGUCGGCGUCGGAGUCGCUCCGCGAUAUUACCAUCGUGUUGCCAUGGCACCCCUCUGAACCGGCGGAGGAGGCCCGGCGCGUGCAGGCCAUCCUGGACCUGCGCAACGCCGCGGGUAAUGCAGAGACUCAUGCGCAGUUCUCCUUUGCAAUACCAGGAUUUUAUCUCUCUUCUCAUAUGUCUCCGAUUGGAAAUUUCGUUGAUGUGGACGAUGAAUGGAUAUAUACUGUGUGA